CAUUGCAGUACUCCUCCCAUCUCAGAAAAUAUAGCACACCGAACUCACAGAGCAACUUGUGUCACCUUCACAUUUUCCAAGCACAAAAGCCAUGGAGCUAACUGUUACUUCUGAAUUCGCUAUAUAUGGACUAUUAUUUUUGGCUAUCCUAUACAUUAUUCAAGGCUGGGGAUCGCGGACUUCAGAUACUUCAUCCAGGAAAUUCCCUCCAGGGCCCAGAGCUCUGCCGUUGAUCGGAAAUCUGCAUAUGAUUAAUCUCAGGAGGCCAACUGAAACUUUUAUGAAGCUCUCAAAACAAUAUGGAUCUGUGUUCAGUAUCCAGAUGGGUGGUGUGAAAAUGGUGGUAUUAUCUGGCUAUGAGACCGUCAAGAGUGCGCUUGUUGACUAUCCUGAUGAAUUUGCUGAAAGGCCCCACAUACCGAUGUUUGAGGACAUUAACAAAGGAUUUGGUCUCCCAUUCAGCCAUGGAGAGAACUGGAAAGUCAUGAGAAGGUUCACGCUUAGCAAAUUACGAGACUUUGGCAUGGGAAGGAAGACCAUAGAAGAUCGGAUUGUUGAAGAGUGUGGAUUUUUUACUAAGGAGCUUAAAUCAUUAGAAGGCAAACCAGAAGACUUGACCAUAAAAACCAAUUUUGCCAUUGGAAAUAUAAUUAUAUCAAUCAUCUUUGGGCACCGUUUUGACUACCAACAUCCUAUUUUACUCCGACUCCUUGGACUUAUAAGUGAGAACAUGAAGCUGGUUGGGAGUCCUUCAAUUGCGAUGUACAAUUUCUUUCCCAUCUUCUAUUACCUGUGUGGAACACACAGCAAAGUGAUGCAGAAUAUAAAAGAUAUACACAAUUUUUUGAAGACAGAGUUUGUGGAGCACCUGAAAGAACUGGAUAGAGAUGACCAGAGAGGGCUUAUUGAUGCAUUCCUUGUCAAGCAAGAGGAGGAGAAAUCGGACCCCAAUACAUAUUUCCAUGAAAUGAAUUUGCUGAGCACAGUGACAAGUUUAUUUAUGGCUGGAACUGAAACCACUUCAUCCACCAUCCGCUGGGCACUCUCAUAUAUGAUACAGUACCCUGAAAUUCAGAAACGAGUACAUGAGGAAAUUGAUAGAGUGAUUGGAUCGGCUCAGCCACGGAGUGAUCAUCGUAAGGACAUGCCCUACACAAAUGCGAUCAUUCAUGAGACACAGAGAUUUGCCAACAUUGUGCCUUUGAAUCUUCCCCGAGAAACUACAAGAGAUAUAACCUUUCAGGGCUACCAUCUACCAAAGGGAACGUACAUUGUUCCUCUUCUAGAAUCUGUAUUAUAUGAUGAAACACAAUUUGAAAGACCAGAGUCGUUCUAUCCGGAACAUUUCCUUGAUUCACAGGGGGCAUUUGUGAAGAAGGAGGCUUUCAUGCCCUUUUCAGCAGGUCGAAGGUCUUGCCCUGGAGAAACACUGGCAAAAAUGGAGCUGUUCCUCUUCUUCACCAGCCUCAUGCAGAAGUUCACAUUUCAUGCUGCCCCCGGUGUAACCAACUUCCAUGUCAAACCUGCAGUUGGUCUUACAAUUGCGCCAUUAUCUCCGAAGAUCUGUUGUGUGCCACGGUCCUACUGAAGAUUUAUUUUCACUGUUUCUUAGUGCUAUACAUUACUGCUCCUCCCUUACUAAUGUGCCCUAAGGGUCACCUUACACAGAAGAGAGCCAAGAUCUUCAAGCUGAAAGUUAGAUAUCAAUCUGUUGAUAAUUUCACUUGGGAAACCUAUUUAUAUUUAAAUCCCUAGAUUACAAUAAUAGCUGGUGAUACUGAUUUAAAUGUUCUUUGGGCCCUUUGUGUUAUGAGGUAACAUCACUCUGCCCCUGUCUCCCACACUCUCCUGUCUGUAAAUCACAUUGUCAAAUGCUCUUCAACAGGAAACUAUACGUUUCUGUGCUUAUGCAUGUUGCCCAGACAUAUUCCACUGUUGUCACCAUUUACAGUGAACUUCCAAUAAAAAUGAUAUCACCUGAGCCAGAAGCAUUGGAAGUAAGGCUAAUGCCAUGUACACACGAUCAUUU